AUGUUUCGCUCCACGACGCCAUUGACGAGGCCUCUAAGGCAAGGCUUGACGCCAACUCCCAAGUCAAGGGUGUCGUAUCCACGGUCAAGGUCAAUGCAGCAAGCUGCCAGACCGGUGAAGCCAGCAUUUAGUUAUGCCUGGGCAGCUGGCGGCCUUGUCCUACUCGGGGCAGCCACAACGUUCCUCGGAUAUAGGGCAGGCAUCAACCACGCUACGCCGCUGCCUCCGCCCGUCACGUCUGCUGCGAAGCCACUGUAUGCAUCGAGAAAAGAGAUGGAGGAGGCGAUAAAUGAGUUGAAGGCUACUCUUGGACACGAAGCCAUUAGCACCGAUCCGGACGACCUACAUCGCCAUGGCUAUUCAGACUGGUCCACGACCAAUGUUGACACGCUGCCAAUAGCUGUUGUCUAUCCUAAGUCAACCCUAGACGUUUCGAGCGUUGCCAGAGUCUGUCACAAACACAAGAUCCCCAUCAUCCCCUACUCCGGCGGCACCUCCGUAGAAGGCCAGUUCACCGCACCUUUCGGUGGUUUCAGUCUCGACUUCGCCCACAUGGACAGCCUCCUCGCCCUCCACGAUGACGACCUCGACGUCGUGGUCCAGCCCGCGGUAUCGUGGAUGGAGCUCAACGACCGCCUCGAACCCGCGGGGCUCUUCUUCCCUGUCGACCCAGGGCCAGGCGCCCGCAUCGGCGGUAUGGUCGGUACCAGCUGUUCAGGCACCAACGCCGUCCGCUACGGCACCAUGAAGGACUGGGUUGUCAACCUCACCGUCGUGCUCGCCGACGGCCGUGUUAUUAAGACGCGCCGCCGCCCUCGUAAGACGGCCGCCGGUUAUAACUUGACUAGUCUCUUCGUCGGCGCCGAGGGCACUCUAGGAAUCGUCACCGAGAUCACCCUGCGCCUGACGGUGCUCCCACAGCAGACCAGUGUCGCCGUCGUCACUUUCCCCACUAUCCGCGACGCGGCCGCCGCGGCGUCGCGGGUCAUACGCGCUGGCGUGCCCGUCGCCGCCAUGGAAAUCAUGGAUGACGUGCAGAUGGGCGUCAUCAACAAGGUCGGCGCCACGAGGCGCAGGUGGAAGGAGGUGCCAACCGUCUUCUUCAAGUUCUCCGGCACUGAGGCGGGCGUUAGGGACAACAUCGAUUCGGUCAGGGCCAUCGCGAAGGCGAACGCGGGCGGCGAUUUCCAGUUCGCCGCGAACAAGGCGGAGCAGGCGGAGCUGUGGAGCGCGAGGAAGGAGGCGCUGUGGAGUAUGUUGGCCCUGAAGGGGGAAGAUGAGGAGUUGUGGAGCACGGAUGUGGCUGUGCCCUUGAGUCGAUUGGCGGAGAUUAUGGAGGAGUCGAAAAAGGACAUUGCCGGACUUGGUAUGUUCGCGUCGAUGCUCGGGCAUGUCGGGGACGGCAACUUCCACUCGGCAAUCUUUUACAAAAAGAACGAUCCGGAGCAGGUGGACAAGGUCAAGCGGGUCGUGUACAAGAUGGUCGACAAGGCACUCGAGAUGGAAGGCACGUGUACCGGCGAGCACUCCGUCGGGUUGAGCAAGAAGGCCUCGUUGGUGAAAGAACUCGGUCCGGAAACCAUUGGCGUCAUGAGGGAAUUGAAGCGCGCUCUAGAUCCUUGUUCGCUCAUGAACCCAGGCAAGAUCUUUGACAUUUGA